AUGGCAGAUUUUCUUGAUUACAAGAUUCAGUUCAAAGACCGCCCAGAGUGGAGCAUGGGCCAUUAUGGCUCGGGUUUUAACGCGCCUCCUUCCGAUGAACUUGAUGACCUAUGGGAAGAUCUACUCGAAGCCAAGAAUAUACGUAUAUCUCCAGAGGAGGUGCGCAGCCUUGAUACGAACCUUACUCACAAAGUUCGUGUCAAUGAUGGUGACUACGUCGGCGUUAUAGGAGCAUAUCACCAAUUGCAUUGUCUCAAUAUAAUUAGGCGCCUGAUUCAUUGGGACUAUUAUGGUCCCCGAAUGUCUGAGGAGGAACGAGAGUCGUUUCUUUGGAAACAACACCAUUCAGACCACUGCCUGGAGGUAUUUCGACAAAGUAUCAUGUGUCAUGCGUAUCCUUCUUUCUAUCUUGGAGAAUGGGUAGCAGACUCACAUGAAUUUCCCAACAUCGAGUUAAUGGCACAAGGCUCCACAAAAUGUGUCGACUGGGAUAGUCUGGACACAUGGGCGCGAAAACGGAAACUCGUGCAGGGCCAUUUUAAAACGAAACCCGGGCCAUAUGAAAAGUCUGCGUCGAAACACCAAAAGCAUGGUUGA